AUGCGCACACCCGGGGCUCGGGCAGUAAUGGAACGGCAGCCAUCUGCGCCGGCUAUUGGCGACCGUGUCAGGGGAGUCCCCCGGCGGCAGCCAUCACUGCUGGCUGUUGGCGACCCUGCCAGGGGAGUUCCCCGGCGGCAGCCAUCACCGCCGGCUGUUGGCGACCCCGCCAGGGGAGUCCCGAGCCGCAAGAAGGGUUACAAGUGGCCACUGACGUUGCCCGGCAACACUGCCGCCCCCGCCCCCGCCCCCGCCCCCGCCCCCGCCACGCCUCCAGCGGCGCCACCCCGCAGUGGACUGGGCCUGCCCGGGUCACGCCGCGCCUCCAGCCAAAGGUCACGCGAGCGCACGGCGAGCCGCCGAGCCGAACCCUACCUCAGACCGGACAGCCAGCAGCUCGCGGUAGACGGUAAGAAUGGAAUUAUGCCGCUGCCGCUGAGCCUGCGGGCAGCAGAACCAGCAUCGGGCGGAUCGCUUAAUUGGCUACACCUGCCGGGGCGGGGACAGCGUUUGAAGCGGAGCUGUGCGCACCGCCUUCUAACAUAG